UAACCGCAAGACGCAAUCACUGCUGAUAAGCUGAGUCGCAAUUAGUUUUAUCUAAUGCCUUGUUAAGAAUAUUUAUCAGUAUGAAAUGAAAACUUCCUUAAUACUUUGCAAUACUAAUUUACCUUUAGAGUACAAUUAUUAAUAUCAUUCCUACGUGUAACACUUCAAAGAGUGAUAAACUUUUUAAAGUAUGUAUGUAUUCACUACAAUUUUUGCACAAGUAUAUUAAUCAAAAGUAAUACAAAGUAUUACAUAAGGUGAUUAAGUCACGUUAGAAGUUAUACGAAGAUAAAAACAGGGUAUUUGUAAAAUAUCAUACGACCAAAAACAUGAGCACAAAAUUUAUAUUUAUUGAAUCAAUGAAUAUUUUGAGUACGAUACCUCAAUAUCAUGUGUUACUAGGAACAUUCUUAAUUCUGUGGCUUAUUUGGUUUAUUAGUAAGAGAUAUUUCAGCCGAGAUAGAACAUUAACUGAAGAUGUAAUAGAAAGGAAACUUGCGGAAUGGAAUCCUGAACCUCUUAUAAAUAAUCCACAGAUGAAUCAUAUAUCUUUAAAUCCAAGAUGCAUAACAUCUAGAGCUGGUAAAAGAAUAGUGGUAGAUGGGAAAGAUUGCUUGAAUUUAGGUACACACAAUUACCUAGGUUUAACUGAAAAUAAUGAAAUAGAAAAAGAUGCAAUAGCAGCAAUAAGAAAGUAUGGAGUUGGUUCUUGUGGUCCACGUGGAUUUUAUGGUACUGUGGAUGUUCAUCUUGAAUUAGAAGAACGUUUAGCAGAUUAUACAGAUACAGAAGAAGCAGUUGUAUAUUCAUAUGGAUUUAGUACAAUUGCAUCUGCAAUUGCAGCUUAUUGUAAACGCAGAGAUCUUAUAUUUGUAGACGAACAAGCAAAUUUUGCUAUACAGAAAGGAUUAGAUGCAACUAAGGCUAAUAUUACUUAUUUUAAACAUAAUGAUGUAAAUGAUCUUAGUAAUUUAUUGAUGAAACAAGCAAAAAUUGAUGAACAAAAUCUUAAAAAAGCAGCUAAAAUCAAACGCUUUCUAAUAGUUGAGGGUAUUUAUAUGAAUACUGGAAAUAUCUGUCCACUACCAGAAUUGGUUGCACUCUGUAGGCAAUAUAAAUUAAGGAUAUUUAUUGAUGAAUCAAUAUCAUUUGGAACCCUUGGUAAACAUGGGAAAGGUAUCACUGAACACUUUGAUGUUCCUAAACAUGAAAUUGAUAUGAUUAUGGGUUCUCUGGAUUGGGCAAUGGGAUCUAUUGGAGGUUUCUGUGUAGGCACAUCAUUUAUUAUUGAACACCAACGCUUAUCUGGUCUUGGAUAUUGCUUUUCUGCAUCUUUACCACCUCUUUUAACAACUGCUGCUAUUACUUCUUUAAAUAUCAUGAAAAAUAAUCCACAGCUAUUUAGAUCAUUAAGAGAUAAUUGCAUAGCCAUAAAUGAGGGACUGCAAAACAUUCAUUGCCUGGAAUGUUCAAGUUUCCCAGAAUCCCCAGUAAAACAUGUAUAUUUAAAGAAUAAGAGAGACCGUGCUACAGAAGAAAAAUUGCUUUCUAAAAUCUCUGAUAAAUGUAUUGAAAAUAAUUUAGCAGUCAUAACUCCUGCCUAUUUAGAAGCAGAGAAAAAUGUACCUAGGCCUAGUCUUAGGCUUUGUGUUUCUACACUUCUCAACAAAAGUGACAUUGAUUUUGCAGUGAAUGUAUUGAAAAACUGCGCUGAAGAAAUACUAUCAGUAUAAUUGAAAGUAAAAGAAAAAAUUUUAAACCAGUGUUUUAAAAUUAAUAUAUGUUUUACACAUGAAUUAUUUUUCUUUAUCAAUAUAUGGUUGAUUAUAUAUUAAUUGAUUAUAUAUAUAUAGCAAAGUAUUCCUAUUUCUCACAAAUUUGACAUUACUUUUUAUAUAAUAUUGUGCCAUUUUCAUAUUGUGAUGAAUAUAUCAUAUUAUAAAGAUUAAUUUAAAACCGAUUUUGAAUUAAAUAUAGAUUAUAUUAUGUGUAAUUUCAAAUGAAUAAAUAAAUAUAAAACAAUGUAA